GUCCGGCGGCACGCCGAGGACAUGGAGGCGCUGAGCACCGCCCUCUGUGCCGCGCAGAGCGGCCGCCAGGAGGCGGACGUCGCCCUGGCGGCGGCGAGGCGGAAGCUCGCGGCGCAGGCCGCUGCUGCUGGGGCCGCAGCAGAAGCCCAGGCGGAGGCGGCCGCAGCGCUGGGCCGCUGCGACGCCGAGGUCGCGGCCGCUGCGAGUGCCGCGGCGGCGCGGGUGCGCGACGCCUGCGGCCUGGAGGUGUCGGCGGUCCAGGAGGAGCUGGAGCUGUCUGCGCUCGAGCGCCAGCGCCUGGCAGCGAGCCUCGCCGCCGCGGAGGAUUCGGAGACCCUGCAGGCUAGUGAUGCUCGCAGGCGGCUGGAGGACUCGGAGGCCGCCGCCCGGCACGCCGCCGCGAAAGCCGCUGCUGCGGAGAGCGCAGAGGAGGCGGUUGCCGCUCGCGCGGCGGCCGCCGCCAGUGCCCUGGCCGCCGCCACGCGCGAGGCCACGGAGGCCGCCGAGCAGGAGACCGCGGAGGCGGCAGUUUGCAGGAAGUUGGUGAGGCAGCAGGAGGACACGCAGCUCGAGGCCACCCGCUCCGUUGAGCACUUGUCUCGCAAACUCUCGGCCGAAAGCACGACCAGGAGUGCUGCGAUUGUGGAGGCCCAGGCCGCACGUGCCAAGGCGCAGGCCGCGGAGCAGCGGGACCGCGCGACGUCUGAGCGGCUGGCGCAGGAGGAGCAACGGCGGCUGCUGGAGGCCCGUGCCGCCGCUGCGGCCGCAUGCCAGGCCGAGGCGUCGCUCGAGGCGGAGGGCGCCGCCGAGGCGGCCGCCGCCGCCGCGGUCCUCGGCGCAGAGGAGGCCGAGCGGCGCGCGGUCCGCCUGCGCGCGGAGCUCGGGGACGCCCGCCGCGCGGAGGCGGCGGCGAGGAGGCAGUUGGCCGCGGAGCUGGAGGGCGCCGCCCGCGCUCGCAGCGCCGCGGCGGAGUCGUCGGAGCAGGCGGCGCGCCGGGCGGCUGCCGCGGAGGAGGCGGCCGCGAGUGGCGCGGAGGAGGGGCGGGCGGCCGCCGCGGUCGCCGCCGAGCGGCUCGAGGCGGCCCUGGCCGAGCUGGGCCAGGAGGCCCACAGCGCCCGCGCGCUGGAGGCCGACGGCGCCCGCGAGCAGGCCAGCCUGGAGCAGCUGCUCGCGGCGUCACGGCAGUCUGCGGAGGAGCUCCGCGCGGAGGCCGAGAGUCGCGACUCAGAGCUCGGGAGGGAGGCAUCUGCGAUCGUGGCGCUGCGCCGGCAGCCCGUGGCGUCAAGGCUGCCAGGCUCCAAGAGGAGGCCGAGGCCCGCGCGGAGAGGUACGAGGAGCGGGCCGAGGAGCUGCGCGUCGCCCGGGCCGAGGCGGCCCGCAACGGCGUCUCGGCCACCGAGCUGCGCGCGGAGCUGGCGGGGAGGCGUAAGGACCUUGCCCGCGGCUCCCGCGCGAACCGAGACGCGGCGGUCUGCUCGGAGGAGCUCGACGCCGCGCUGGCGAGCCUGGGCCGCGCCGUGCGGGGCCGCGAGGCGGCCGAGGGCGAGCUCGCCGCCGGGCGCGAGCGCGAGGUGGCGCUGGAUGUGCAGCUGCGCGAGCUCCAGGCCCGCCUCGACCAGCGCCGCGCCGCCGGCCGCGACCACUGCCUGA